AGCUAACGUGUCUCUCUGUCUCUGCGUUGUGUUGGCGGUUUCGUGAGGGACAUUUCCGCGUUACAAUCUCAAAUUUAGUUUUCUAUUAAUUCUUCAAUUCAAACUUCUUCUUCUGCUGUUGCUUUGUUCGAUUCGUUAUUUUCCUUUUUUCACUACUUUGAAUUUCUCGCCCAAUCUCUGUUUUGUCUUCUUCGAAAUUCGCCUUUUUUUUCGUCUUUUUUCUCUCAUUUUCCUGCCAUUUGGCCAAAAACAACCGAAGGGUCUUCACACUUUUCUCCUUCUCAACUCUUUUUGUUCUCUGUUUCAAGUUUCAUGUAUGGUGGUUGAUUCAGAGUGGUGUGGGAGAUGGGUUUUUUCAGCACUUUAUUGGGAAUUAUUGGGUUUGGAAUUGGAAUUCCUCUUGGAUUGGUUGUGGGGUUCUUCUUGUUCAUCUAUUCAAAGCCUGAUGAAGUCAAGGAUCCGAUGAUAAGGCCAAUCUACGAAUUAGAUUCAGAUGCUUUGGAAGAACUCAUUCCUGAAAUUCCACUGUGGGUUAAGCACCCUGAUUUUGAUCGGGUAGACUGGUUGAACAAGUUUCUUGCAGCCAUGUGGCCUUAUCUUGAUAAGGCUAUUUGUUGUCGAAUAAGAGGAAUGGCUAAACCAAUGUUCGCUGUGUAUAUUGGCAAGUUUCAAAUUCAAUCUAUUGAGUUUGAGAAUUUAAGUCUCGGAACUCUUCCUCCCAAGCUUUAUGGUAUCAAAGUGCAUGAGACCAAUGAGAAUGAAAUAGUCAUGGAAACUGCAAUCAGAUGGGCAGGGAACCCCAAUAUAGUAUUGAUGUUGAGACUCUUUUCAUUACAAAUAAGAAUUCAGUUAGUAGACCUGCAAAUUUUCGUGGCACCACGGGUAGCCUUGAAGCCUCUAGUGCCUGCUUUUCCUUGUUUUUCCAAGAUUGUUGUGUCUUUAUUGGAGAAGCCACAUGUAGAUUUUGGCAUGAAAAUACAAGGAGGCGAUAUCAUGUCCAUACCCGGCCUCUCUCAAUUUGUUCAGGAGAUUAUCAGAAAACAAGUUUCAAAUCUCUAUCUUUGGCCCCAUGUUUUUGAGAUACCGAUUCUUGAUGCAUCAGUAGCGGCAACGAAAAAGCCAGUGGGAAUACUACACGUGAACGUCGUCAAGGCUUUAAAGCUUUCGAAGAUGGACAUAUUGGGGACGUCAGAUCCAUAUGUUAAACUCAGCAUAAGUGGAGAGCGGCUACCGUCUAAGAAAACCACCAUUAAGAUGAAUAACUUAAAUCCAAUUUGGAACGAGAAGUUUAAGCUUAUUGUGAAGGAUCCAGAAUCUCAAGUUCUUCAGUUGCAAGUCUAUGAUUGGGACAAGGUUGGCGGACAUGACAGGUUAGGAAUGCAGUUAGUCCCCUUGAAAGUACUUACGCCCUAUGAGAAGAAGGAACUAACGCUCGACUUACUGAAGAACACAAACAUAAACGAUCAUCAAAACAAGAAACCGAGAGGACAACUUGUGGUCGAGUUGAAGUUUACGCCUUUCAGGGAAGAAAGCAGCAAGUUUAGUAGUCGAUUAGAUGGAUGUCGGAGUAUGGUAAGUCAAGACGAAAGAGAUUUACAUGAUGAUGUUGUAGGUGGAGCGGGGUUGUUAUCGGUUAAAAUCCAAGGAGCUACAAGUGUGGAGGGGAAACGGCAUAGUAAUCCUUAUGCAGUAAUGCACUUUAGAGGAGAAAAGAAGAAAACAAAGAUGGUGAAGAAAUGUCGUGACCCGGUUUGGAAUGAAGAUUUCCAGUUCAUGCUUGAAGAGCCUCCAUUAGAAGAGAAGAUCCAUAUUGAGGUUAGGAGUAGGAGGAGCAGCAUUUUCAGUUUCCUCUCAAAGGAAUCAUUGGGACAUGUAGAGAUUAAUCUCGUCGAUGUCGUGCACAAUGGACGCAUCAACACGAAGUAUCAUCUAAUCAAUUCGAGAUAUGGAAUGAUACAUGUCGAGAUACAGUGGACAGUGGCUUGAUGGAAACAAAAUGAAUAUUCAUUCAAUAGCUCCCCUGAGUUCCUCACUUGACUUGUUUUAUAUGUCUCUCCCAGUGGGGUUAUGUGUGGACAAAACCAGAAAAUGAUGUCUGUUUCAAUUCAAGCCACUAUUCUCAUUGUUCACAUAUAGAGGCUGUAUUUAAAGCCAUCACUGUCACAAAUAUGAAAAUCCAUGUAAGUUGGUUAUUCUUGUUGAUCAUUAUUGUCAAAGGUUCAAACCAUCCUUUCAACUAA